AUGGUACUUGCCAUUCGAACCUGUCCCAAGCGGAUUCCCUUCUUGGGCGGACUGGCCCCGGGUCUCCAGUGGCGUUCUUUAUCUGCAGCGGCCCAGCUCCGCCAAAUCGAAGAUGUCGCCCGUCUGCCAGACUCAGUGAGCCCCCGGUAUGAAGAAUUACCCGGAAGUGACCUCCUGGCUCUCAAGUGGCCGAGACCACCGCAGAAUGUCCUGCUUGUUAGAAAGAAAGGGGCGCCGGAGGUGACACAGUCGCUCAUUGAGUUUGUGAAGCAUAUAAAAUCCACUUAUGCGCCCAUCUCUAUUAUUCUCGAGCGCGAAACUGCAGCUGAAGUUCACGAUAUUUUGUCGUAUCCUGUAUAUACCAACACAUCCUCCGAAAAAUUACCACCGGAGAAGAUAGACCUCACAGUCACGAUGGGCGGCGAUGGGACCAUUCUGCGUGCAUCGUCUUUUUUCGCAACGUCCAAAUUAGUACCACCCAUCCUCUCCUUUAGCAUGGGAACGCUGGGAUUUCUGGGCGAAUGGAAGUUUUCAGAAUACAAGGGUGCGUUUCGGGAGGUGUACAUGUCCGGUGCUGGACCGGGGGAACGCACCCCCACGUUAGAGCAUGGAAAGGAGAGUGAGAGGAGAGAGAAGAAAGGGGCCAGUUCGGAUAACACCACCGCCACAGGUUGGGCCCUCGCCCGCGGCAAGUCGAUGGGUGCCACCAGGCCCGCCAAAAUCCUCGUCCGCAGCCGCUUGCGCGUUGGCAUCUACACUCCAGACGGCCAGCCCGUCCCUAUGCACAGCAACGGCACAACAAUAACAACGCCCUCCCCCGACCAGAGCCACGACGACGGCAUCCAUGCCAUGAAUGAAGUCGUAAUCCACCGCGGCAAACAGCCGCACCUGGCCGUUGUCGAAGUCUUCGUCGGCGGCCGCUUCCUCACCGAAGCCGUCGCGGACGGCAUGAUCGUUUCAACACCCACGGGCAGCACGGCAUACAGCCUCAGCAGCGGCGGGAGCAUCAUCCACCCGCUCGUCCCCUCGCUGCUGCUAACGCCAAUAUGUCCGCGGAGUCUGAGUUUUCGGCCAUUGGUUAUUCCGUCGGGGACGCCGGUCACGUUGAGGCUUAGUCGGAAGAAUAGGGGGGCCGAGGUGGAGGUUAGUAUUGAUGGGGUUAUGAGGGGGGAGGGGUUGAGGGUUGGGAUGGAGGUGAGGGUUUGGGGAGAGGAGAUUUGGAAGGGGAGUGUUUGGGGGGGUCUUGGUUCUGGUUCUGGUGGUGGUGAUGGAGGGGUUGGGAGGGAGUGGAAGGGGGGCAUACCGUGUGUUAUGAGGAAGACGUUUGGGAAUGGGGAUGCGGCAGAUGGGUGGGUUGGGGGGUUGAAUGGGUUGUUGAAGUUUAAUUACCCGUUUGGGUCUGAAGCGUAG